AUGACAAAUGACGUUACAUCCAACAAGUUUGAGUAUAUAAUAAAUAGGCCAAUUGGUUAUAGCAAGUCACCGUUGAAUCAACAUCAAAGACAAUUAUCAAUUUCAAAUACAUUGCAACCAAAUUUAAUUGAAAAUAAUAAACAACUAAAUCCACAACAUACAAACAGAGAAUCAACGACGACACCUUUCAAGCUUAAUGACUUGCCAGUUGAAAUAAUAUCAACUAUAAUAAACAAUUUAUCACAGUUUGAUAUACUAAAUUUAAUAAGGACAUGUUCAAAAUUAUAUAACCUAGGUCUACCAAUACUAUAUCAAUAUAUUGUAAUAGAUUCAAAUUUUAAUAUUUUUAACAACAAUGAGUAUAAAACAAAUGGAAUAACCUAUAUUAAUAGCUCGUUCAACCUAAAGAAGUUUUUGAAAACUUACAACAAUAAAAUUGAAUCGAGUUCCCACUUAAUCAAAAUUUAUAAAUUUAAAUGUUUAUCUUUACCAGAUUCAAUAAGUCUCUAUGAUGACAAAUUCAAUUUGGAGCUCAUUAAAUUUUUCAGUAAAUUGUACUAUUUGAAUCUGUUAAUUUGGAUAAACUAUAACUUCAGAUUGGAGUUCUUAUACAAUCUACCAAACACAGAAUUAAUUAAUACCCUAAUUUUAAACAUAAGAUUUAUAGAUUACUUGAGUAAUGAUCAAGAUAAUUGGUUGGAGGAUUUCAACUACGAGAAGUAUUAUUUUCCAAACCUUACUAAUUUUCAAAUAAAACAUUUUGAAAAUGCAUCUAACAUAAUCAAAAUUAUAAAUAAUUUAUUAAUUAAUGAAAAUAAUCCAGUUGAAGCUUGUAAUCGUUUGCAAAAUUUAAGCUUAUCAGCCCGAUGUAAUCCUAAUGAUUUCAUUUUUGGAGAUAAUUUUGAUGAACAAACAAAUCAUAAUAAUCAUUUUUUCAAAAGUAUGUUUAUAAAGAGUAAAUUAAAGUAUUUGGAGAAUCUAACAUCACUUUCAUUAAAUGAUAUGAUUGUUUCCAAUGAUGAUGCAGAUCUAUUAAUUAACUCAGUAAAUUUGAAAAAUUUAAAAAUUCUACAAUUACGAGGUAUAGAAGAAAUUAAUAACAAUUCAAAUCAGUCACUAACGUAUUUAUCAAACAAUUCAUUUUUGCUAAAAAUUUUACCAUAUUUAACAAAUAUUGUACACUUAGCUUUAGAAAUUUUCGAAGUAAAAAAUACAUUGCCAAAUUUCUUAAUUGAAUUAUCAAAUAUAAAUACCCAUAUAAGAUCAUUAGAUUUAUCAACAUAUCUACAGUUUAAUUUAUCAAAUUCAAUAAGUUGUUUAAUAAACCUUGAUAAGUUAUCAUUAGAAGUAUAUGAUCCCAUAGAUGAUUUACUGUGUGAAGAUUUAUCAAUAGAAUUUUAUAAUCAGAUUUCAAAUUUAAAUUUAAAAACAUUAAGAAUAAACAAUAGUUCAAAUAUUCAAGGGUUGAUUAACCUUAUUACUUCACAACUUCAACUAGAAUAUCUAGAUAUUAUUGGUUCAAAAGCAGGUGGAGCACCAAAUUUAGGUUUAGGUAUGGUUCAUCCUACUAUUUUCGAUGAUUGGUUUAAAGUUCAACAUGUUGCUUUAUUUUAUUUAAAAUUAAACUCAAACUUAAAGUAUAUUAGUAUAAACGAAUGUUUAUUUCAGUGCAAGAAAAAUUUAAUUAUUAAUCCUAUAGAUGGUUUAAAUUAUUGGUUUAAUGAAAAAGUUAGAUGUAGGGGUUUAUUAGAAGUGGAUGAUUGA